AUGUCUUCUGCUGAGAAGAAGCGCCCGGAGCCUCGGGCGCGGGCGCCCAAGGCCCGCACUCAGGGCUGGCUGCCCGGCCUGCCAUCACCCGCGCUGUGCUGCGCCUGCGGUCUGUGCGUGCUGCUGGCGGGCGUGAACGUGACGCUGGUGGGCGCCUUCACCUCCUUCCUGCCCGGACACAACGCGCCGCUCAUCGUGGGGCCGGUGCUGCUCGCCCUGGCGCUGGGCUUCUUCGCUGCCUGCUGCGUGUGUAGCCGCCGGGGCCCCGCGCCCCGGGCGCGCCCGGCAACAGCAGCCGCGGGAUAUUCGGGCCAGGGCGGUGGCCGCUUGGGGCGGGUGGCGCUGGAGAUGGAGAGCAGCGAGCGCACGGCGCAGGACACCACGGCCGUGCAGCUGAGCCCCGCUAUGUCGGCCGCGUCCUCUGACCGCUCCAGUCCGGGUCCCGGGCCCUUCGCUCUGGACGCUCCCGCACCCGCGGUCGUCUACGCGCCCCGCACCGAAGGGCCCCAGCUCAACCUGCCCCUGGAGCGGGCCGCCCCCUAGCGGACCAGGACCCCGACCGGACCCCUCUGUCUCUGUCCGUUUAGUGCCGUUUAAGCAUGAACAAGCGACAUGCUUGCCAUAAGGAUCCAGUGCUGGGCACAGGUGGCCUCUUCCGUCCGGCCUGCACACACCUUCUGGAGGAGACAGGUGGAGUGGCUCACGUCCCAGAGAGAGGAGGGAA